CUUGAAACAACAUCUAUUCUUUAUCAAAGCCUUUAAGUAAGAUUUUCAGAAACAUUGAAGGAUAAAAUGAGUAUGUGGGAACAUAUAAAGAAGGAUUUCCAAUCGGGAGAUCCAGAAAUCAUGAACUGGGCUCUAAUUAAGCCAGCUUAUCUGCCAUUCCUCAUGUCCACCUCGUAUCUGUUAUUUGUGUAUUUUCUGGGACCACAUCUCAUGAAACACAGGCGGCCAUUCAAAUUACGCAUACUGAUGAUUUUUUACAACUUGGCAAUAGUACUCGCCUAUGCUAGAUGUGCGAUUAAAGCAACUUAUUUAUUUGUCACGACGGAUAUCUCAGAGUAUUUCUGCAAUAAUGCAUCCGUCUUGCAAAGUCCAUCAAUAUACGAGCUGGCCGUAAUAUCAUGGUAUAUUUACCUGCUAAAAUAUGUGGAAUAUCUUGAUACGAUAUUUUUUGUCCUAAGAAAAAAGUAUCACCAGAUCACAAUCCUUCACGUCUUCCAUCAUGCACUUCUGCCAAUAUGCAUUUGGACGAUACUCAGAACUGAAAAAGGUUUAUUUCAACUGACGAUUGGCAUCCUUAAUGGUGUGGUGCACGUCGUAAUGUACACCUAUUACGGGCUAGCAGCGGCUGGGAUAAAGCAAGAGUAUUUGUGGUGGAAAAAGUACAUAACCCGACUGCAAAUGGUACAACUCUUGUUAAUCGUCAAACUGCAAAUAUUCGCUAUAUAUAUGGAAUGCUAUACGACUGCAAUAAGCUUCUACAUGUGUGCCAUAUUGAACAUUCUAUUUUUCAUACUUUUUGGAAACUUUUACAUCCACACCUACAAGCCAAGGUACAAGAAAGGAUCGAAAGCAGAUAUAGUUCACAUUGACUAGGAGUUGAUUUGUACAAAAUCGAUUCAUAAUCAUUUCUCAAACAGCAUGAAACUAGAAAUAAAGAAAUGAAGAUGGAGAGAUAAACAUUAA